AUGAAAACAGAAGAUACAAUAUCCACAACAACUGGAGGCACAGAAGGUACAAUAUCCACAGCAACUAGAGGCACAGAAGGUACAAUAUCUACAGCAACCGGAGGCACAGAAGAUACAAUAUCCACAGCAACCAGAGGCAUGCUAGACAUGAUACUUGAAGAAGCAACGCCUGGAAGAGCAACACUCACAGCAACCGGUGGUGCACUAGACAUGGUACUUGAAGAAGCAAAC